GCUGGGCCAGCAAAACUAAUCCCUUUCCGUCGCGUAACUCCAAGGGCACUGAGGCAAACCGUCGAACACUUCGCUUGCUCUCAUCAGUGCUGCAAAUUUUAGACCUCCAGAAAUGGUGGGCGUGGCGGCUCUGGCGGCGGGCGUCGGCGUGCUGCUGCCGUUCCCGUUCUACUGGGCGCUGUGGAGCUACCCGCAGAGGUGGGUGGACCUGUGCGGCCGCGGCGCCAACCCGUGCCGCCGCAUGGCGCAGGUCUCCCACAUUCUCAAGGCGCUCCAGCUCCUCUCCCUCGCCUCCGUCGCCUCCUUCUCCUGGCCGCCGCCUCCCUGCGCGCUCAUCCUCCUCGCCUGCGGCCAGUACCUCAACUUCAAGGUGUACCAGCUGCUCGGUGAGUCGGGUACCUACUACGGCGUCCGGUUUGGAAAGAAGAUCCCGUGGGUGACGGAAUUUCCCUUCGGUUAUAUCAAAGAUCCACAGUACGUCGGGAGUAUCCUGAGUCUUGUGGCGCUGUUGUGCUGGGUUCCCUACCAAUAUGUUCUGCUCUGGUGCCUCGGCUACGUUUUCAUGAUUCUGGUGGAAGACAAGGAGGAUCCUGCAACUCGUGCGAAGCUGCUCUCCUGACUGUAUAGUUGGUGUGUAGCUGAUAACUUGAGAUCUCUGUUCAUUAGUCGUUUGUUCCUGGAGAUGUCCUGGUGACAAUAACUAAAACUUUUACUUAAUAAAGAGCUCCGGGUAUUGGUUUUGCUGUCCA